CACGACAACAGUAAAUUAUUAUGGCUAAGAUCAAAACCAUUGCCCUUUUCCCCCCCAAUUAUAUCUAUAUAUAUGUAUAACUCUCCGAUCUUAAUUCUCAGACACAAACCACCUCAAUUCAAAAUUGACUUCAAUUUCACAGCAUAUGAAGAAGCUUUUCUCCGAAUUCGCAUCUUGCUGGGGCGGAGCAACUGUCACUACCACGGCGGAGCCUGCCGUGUCCCGCCCCAGGACCAAAAGGACUGCCAAAGUGAGCGGCGCCGCCCAUAAUUGGAAGCCCAAGCUCAAUGCGAUUUCCGAGAACAGCCCCAUCUUCGACGGUGACGACACGCGACGGCCGGUGAAGGCCAAAACUAGGUCUCCGGCGAGGGCCGCGCCGCUCCCGCCGCCGCCGCGAAGUCUAAUUGAGGACUACUGGAAAUAUUCUCAGACAAUGGCGGUGCCGGUGUUUGCUCCGACGUCGUAUUUGUUUUGAGAUGGAGGGCUGCUUACGUCAUAAUUAAUCAUUGUAUAUAUAGUUUAGGUCGAUUGUAUUUUAUAAAUUGGGAUUUUGUUGAUGAAUCUAUUUGUAUGGGCGAUUAUUUUAGUGUAUAGCAGUAAUUCUUAAUUUUGAAAA